GGAGAUAAGGCGGUGAACUGCUUCAGCAGGGAUGAGGGAAUUUGGGUUUGGGUUUUUUUGUGGUCGCUGAGGGGGAAGGUGGCAGAGGCCUCAAGGUAGUGCAAAGAACGGAAAGGAAAGCUAGAGCACGCGAGAACUGAGUGUUGUAACGGAACCCUAGGAGUCGGGGUUGGAAAUCGAGUGGGAAGAAAGAGAAAAUGCGCUGCUUGAGGCAGAAAACUGUUUUUCCCACUAGAAUACACUGAGUGUAUGCCCAGUCUUCAUGAAAGCCAACAAAGAAACAAAGCGCCUUUUUGUGGGCGGCCUUGGCCAGGCUAUUUCCCAAGCAGACCUACAAAAUCAGUUGAGCAGAUUUGGAGAAGUUUCUGAUGUGGAGAUCAUCACACGAAAAGAUGAGCAAGGAAACCCCCAAAAAAUCUUUGCAUAUGUCAACAUCAGAGUAUCAGAAGCAGAUCUGAAAAAAUGUAUGUCUAUUUUAAAUAAAACAAAAUGGAAAGGAGGAACCCUACAAAUUCAACUAGCAAAAGAAAGCUUUUUGCACAGAUUGGCCCAGGAGAGAGAAGAAGCAAAAGCAAAGAAAGAGAAGUCAAUAGCCAGCAACACUGACUUGUUAAAAAAGACAGGAGUGGUGGACUUACAUAUGAAAGCUGUGCCAGGAACAGAAGUGCCAGGGCACAAAAAUUGGGUUGUGAGUAAAUUUGGAAGAGUCUUACCUGUUCUACACCUUAAGAAUCGACAUAAACGUAAAAUCAUAAAAUAUGAUCCAUCAAAAUACUGCCACAACCUGAAGAAGAUAGGGGAGGAUUUCACAAAUACCACUCCUAUAACCAACCUCACUUGGAAUUUGGAAGGAGGGAAUGAUCCUAUGAGUAAGAAACUACGAGGAGAGUUCUCUGACUUUCACGGCCCUUCGAAGAAGAUAAUAAAAAUGCAGUGUGAAGAAGGUUCCACCGGGUCUCUGGCUAUAAGUCCAAGACACAGUUCGGUAGUACAUAGUCCACACUUAAAGCAGCAACCGGUUGCACAAAAAACAACUUGUGACUCCACUAUUCCUCCUAGAUCACAUUCUCUACCUACUUCUGAUACUCAGCAACCUGAAAAUGUAUUUUUUCAGACUUCUGGCUUGAAGACUGCCAGGAAUAUAAAUAGCAUGACUGAUGAUGAUAUUGAUUCUGAAGAUGAAUUAAGAGCAAUUAUUGCAAGAGAGGAAAACUUACAGAGAACUAUUUGGUCCUCAAUAAAGGAAUCUGAAAAUGAUCCCUUUGAAGUUGUAAAGGAUGACUUCAGAUCGGAUAUUCACAAAGUUCAUUCUUUAACAAGUUUGGGUAUCAAAAAUGUCUCUUGCCAUGUGAGUGGUGAUAAUGUUACAGAAAAUGAUUGUGGUUAUGAUUCAGGAGAUACAGAUGAAAUCAUUGCAAUGAAAAAAAAUGGUGGUAAGGUUAAAAGCAGUACAGAAUUUUCACAAAUGGAAAAAUCUACCCAUGAGAAAACUUUGAAAAAUAGAAAAAACUGUGAGCUUUCUGAUCAUUCUGUUAAAAUAAGGAAAACAAACAAUGUAGAGUUAGCAGUCAAUAACGGAGUUAAGCUUUUUAAUGGUGAAUCUCCAUCUGACUCCAGUAGCAGUGAAAGUGCCGAUUCUGUAUCAGAAUUAGCCGAGUCUGAAGGAGAUGAGGACUAUAAUGCCAUGAUGAAAAACUGUUUGUGUGUGAAUCUCACAUUAGCUGAUUUGGAACAGUUGGCUUGUAGGGAGCUGGAGACUCCAAAAGAAAACACUGAGAAUGGUAGCCAAGAAACUACCACCCACUGCCAGCCUGGCAUGCACACCAAGAGCCUCAAGACUCCUAAUGGUCUCCACGGAAGCAAACAGUGCAUUCAUCCUGAGGAAAUUGUGGCUUCCCUUUUAGAAGAAAAAACAAACAUAUGCAAUAAAGAGAAACCUAAGGAAGACAACACAAAGCCAAAAUUCCAGGCUUUCAAGGGAAUAGGCUCUCUCUACGGAUUUAUUAACAAUAAAUCUUUGAAAGAGGAUGUUACUUCUAAUGAUAUUAAUAAAGAUCAGAACCCCUUGAAACUUGAGGAUUCCAGUAGUAUUUUCACAGAAAAGGAGUCUCCAUGUGCUAGUUCAUCAAGAGAACUGAUUCAGUGCCAACAUGCAGAGAAGGCAAAUGGCUCAAAUCCUAUUCUGCCUCAAAAAAGACGGUCCUCUGUGAGCCAGGAUCACAAGGUGGUAUCUCCUAGCAGUGCAGAAAAGGCAAGUAGAAGUCGUAUUUCUAGUCUGUCACCAUUAAAAGCUAAGAAAUCCUUAGGUCUUGGCACAGAGUCUCACAAGACAGACUUUGAUAAGGAUGGUCACCAUAACACUGCAAAGACAAAUGAAGGUUCAGAGGAAGAUAAGACUGAUUCAAGCAGCCUUACGUCCCCUGAGAAAUCACCAGAGGUUUAUUCCAAGAAAAACAGACCCAGGUGUGUCUCCAGUAAAGCUACUCAGGAAAGCAAAACUGAUUUCCCUGUUUCUAUUAGUAAUUCAUCAGAAGUUACUGCUAAGGAUAAGCAAGCUCAAGAUAAUCAGAAGCGUUUGGCAGCCUUAGAGGCAAGGCAGAAAGCAAAAGAAAUACAAAAGAAGCUAGUUCACAAUGCUUUGGCAAAUUUGGAUAAUCAUUCAAAGAACAAGCCAACACAUAUUGUCUUUGGUUCUGACAGUGAAAGUGAAACAGAAGAGACAUCCAGUCAGGGGCAAAGCCGUCCAGAGGAUCUUUCUAAAGAGUCCAUGUGUCAUACAUCUGGGAAGCUGUUUGAUAGUGAUGCUGAGGACUCUGCUUCUGAAGAUGACAGUAACAGGUUUAAAAUUAAACCUCAGUUUGAAGGCAAAGCUGGACAGAAGCUCAUGGAUUUACAGUCUCACUUUGGCACUGAUGACAGAUUUCGCAUGGACUCCCGAUUUCUAGAAAGUGACAGUGAAGAGGAACAGGAAGAGGUAAAUGAAAAGAAAACUGCUGAGGAAGAAGAGCUUGCUGCAGAAAAAAAGAAAGCACUGGAUGUUGCACAAAGUGUUUUGCACAUUAACUUAAGCAAUUCUACAAGCAAAGGAUCAAUAACUGCUAAGAAAUUUAAGGACAUCAUACGUUAUGAUCCAACGAGGCAUGACCAUGCCACUUUUGAAAGAAAAAGUGAUGAUAAACCAAAAGAAAGUAAAGCAAAACGGAAGAAGAAACGGGAGGAAGCUGAGAAGCUACCUGAUGUGUCUAAAGAAAUGUAUUAUAAUAUUGCUACGGAUUUAAAAGGAGUAUUCCAAACUACAAAAGAUACCAGUGAAAAGAAAGAAAACAUACCUUGGAAUGAGGACAAUGGAGAUAAAACAGAAGAAAUGAAUGAUCCUGCAGCUGUGAAGGAUGGGGACAAGGAAUCUGUUGGCUUUACGUUUUCCUUUUUUGAUUCAGAUGUGGGGGACGUAAAGGAAGAGACCUACAGAAUUGAAACAGUGAAGCCUAGAAAGAUUGCCUGGAAGGGGGACCCUGGUUUCCAAGAGAGCAGUUCAGAAGAAGAAGAUAUUACUGAAGAAAUAGAUGACACAAAGCCCAGCCCCGAAGAAGAAUCAUUACCUGAGAAAGAGACCACUAGGUUUUUUUUUUUCUCUAAGAAUGAUGAAAGACUUCACGUGGGUUCUGACUUAUUCUGGAGAGGAGCAGGAAGUAAUACUAGCAGGAAUUCUUGGGAGACCAGAACAAAUAACCUGCGUAUGGAUUGUCGGAAGAAACAUAAAGAUGCAAAAAGGAAAGUGAAACCAAAACAAUGAAUGUUAGUAUUGAUUGAUACUAAAUAUGAACAAGGCUCACCUAAGGAAAUUGACCUAAGAAAUAAUUUUAGUGGACAAAGAAGAAAUCUCAGAGUGAAAGAAUAUUCAAAAUCUGGCUGAUGAAAUAUCAUUAUGAUUGCCAUCUUUUUCUGUAGAAUUUCUCUGUAUUUUUUCCUAAGUAUUGCUGCAAAACAUUAAACUGAACUUUUUUUUUCUAAUGAAGCACAAGAUAUUGCUCCACAAUACUUUUCAACUUUCUGUAAAUAUUCUCAAUAACAGUGGACAUCUUCUGAUGAAAGGUUUACAGGAAGCCUUUUAAAUAAGUGUGUCAAAGCACUUGUGUUUUCCUAGUUAGGCUUUUAUGUGAAUUAUAGACUAUUUGAAAUAUUUAUCUCUGAUUGAACCAAAUAAUACCUUAUCUCAUUUUUGUCUUUUCUUUUAAAAGAAAAAAAAAACAGUUGAAUUACAUCUUCAUGGUCUCUCCCAAUUGAAUGUGAACUCUUGGAUCUAAUCUGGCUUCUUCCUAUUAUGUCUCUCCUCCUGCUUAGAACUGUGUCUGGCAGAUAGUGUAUACUCAGUAAAUAUUUUUUUAAUAGUUAGGGUGUAAAGAGCUAAGUAGCCAGAGAGUGUUUCUGGAUGAAUGGGAACAGCCACUCAGCAGGAUAAAUAAUUCAAAUGUUCUGCCUUCUCUUUUUGUAGAUCACAUCUCUGCCCUCUUACAUCUAUUGCCACAUAACAGACCACCCCAGUCACAGUCAGUCAUUUAUUUUGCUCACAAAUAUGCAAUUUGGUCGGGACUCGGGGACUGCUCAUCUCUGCUCCUUGUAGUGUCAUUUGAGGAAGCUCAGCUGGGGCUAGGGGACCGCUUCUAAGAUGGCUUGCUCACUCAGUGCCUGUCCGUGGGCUUCCUCACCGGCGUGGCGACUGGGUUCCAGGAGCAAGUGUCCAAAAACCAAGUUAUCAGAUGCUGCUAGUCUCUUAAGAUCUGGGCCUGGAAACUGGCCCAGAGUCACUGGUCAAAACCACAGUCCACCCAGAUUCAAAGGACAGGGACACAGACCCUCACUUCUCACUGGGAAGAGUGUCAAAUAAUUUGUAGCCAUAUUAAAUUUGCCACACUCCUCAUCCCCAAAGCAGAUGAAUAAGUGGCUUCAAGUUGCCUCACUGGUGGUUGGACCCUUGUGUCCAGUCUACACAUGAAUGCCUUUGUCUCAGUCUAUAAUAAUCUUGCCUCCCCUCAUUCCCCUAUGCCCAGUGUCACUUUGAACCUUGUUGUUAUCCCAAAUCCACUAAAGUAAAUAUCCCAUUCUUAGCUCACAAACCCAGUGUGCCAGCUUUUAAAAAUAUUUGGCCUACACAUAUCCUACCUCAUCAAUACCUUCAAUUAACCCCUCCCUCCUUAUUCUAUGUUCUUCCAUGACUAGCUUAGUCUUUUACCCUUCAAUUAAUCAUUCCCUUGAAAAUCAUUCAAUGUGGCAGCUUGGUCCUGCUAAAAAGUCAUGGACACCAGCCCUGCCUGAGCCCUCAGCACUGCCCAAUAAUAUUUCUCUGUUGAACAGAAUGCAGAACCCUGGGCCCUGCCUUAAACCUAGGACAGAAGAUACGAUUUUUUUUUUUUUAACCAAGCACUCCCUGCUGUUUCUCAUGCUCAAGUCACACAUAGUCUCCCAUUCAGUCUUUAAAUCUCCAACUCCACCCCUCAUCAGAAAAUUACCAUGCUUCAGAGAGAAAAAAGCAACCAAUAAUUGGAACCCUCUUCCUUCUGCAAUCAAAUAUGCAGUCCUAACUGCACUGUAGCUUUCCUCUUCCUUCUGCCUAAUCAAUAUCCUUAACCCUUACAUUUGAUCUUUCCACUUCCAAUACUCUCCCUCAAAUCUUCCCAUGGGUAAGUCUUCAUAAAAAUAUCAACUUAUUCCCCAAAGAAGCAUUCUCUGGCCAUUCUAACUGACAUUAGAACCCCUCCUCCUGCUUCAGGCAUUCUAGUUGAAGUUAGACUUUCCCCAUUUCCUCUAAUCAGGCACCAUCAUCAUAUUCUCCUUUGCUAUUAUUUUGAAUGUCUUUCUCCUCCCACUAGAAUGUAAGCUCUGUGAGAGUAGGGUCCUUAUUUUCUUGUUCACUAUUGGGUCCUCAGCUUCUAGAAUGAUGGCUGGCAGGUGGCAUGAGAUAAAUAUUUACUGAAUAAAUGAAUAAUUUAGAUUCUUCAUGUAAUGUUGAAUCUCAUGUUAUUUAAGUGGAAGAAAGAAUACUUUAUUCUGCUAACAAACAUUAUGUCAUGACACUGAAUGUAGACUCAAGUUUUUUUCUGGUAGGGUAUGAAAAACUAUCGUGAAAAAUAAAAAGCUUAUUUGUGGAGGAAGAAAGGCUCUUUAGGUUGAGUCUGGAUACAUUCUACUGCAGAAAAGGGAAGGAAAUGUCAAUGGUGUCUCAAAUUAUAAAAGGGACAUAGAGUGGGUCUGCUACAGGAAAGGUGUGUAAUAAGGCAGAAAGGAUUGCUUUCUGUGCCCCAGAGCCACUGUUUUUUUAAUUUAAUCAGCAUAAUGGAUAUACAUACUUUUAAAAGUCAAAUAGAACUAAAAUGUUUCCAAAAAAGACAGUUAUUAAUUACAGAAAAGUACAAGUUUUUAAAAAGGUACUUACUAAUUACAAAAGAAAAAACAUAGAAGUAACUUUGACUUUACCAAUGGCCAAAGUUAACAUCACCAGUAAUGGAACAAAUCAUCAUGUGCCUCCUGAUAUGGUGCACUGAGAACACAUCACGUCCAUGGCAUUCUUGCCAAAAGAGAAAAACCUGAAUCAUGAGGAAACAUCAGACAAACCCAAACUAAGGACAUUCUACAAAGAAACUGGUUUCUGCUCUUCAAAAAUGUCAGUGCCAUAAGAUGCAAGACUGACUGACUUCCAAAUUAUAGAUGACAAAAGAGACCUGACAACCGAAUGUAACUCAUAACUCAGUUUUUCUUUGGCUAUAAAGGACAUUAUUGGGAAAAUGGUGAAAGGAAUAAGGUCUGUAGAUUGGAUGAGUCUGAUUUUGAUAUGUUGUAAGAAUGAUCUUGUUUUUAAAAAUAUGCACAGACAUUUUAAGGGGUAAAGGAAUAGUUUGUCUGCAAUAUACUCUCAAAUAGUUCAGGAAAAAGUAAUAUAUAUCUGUGAAGGUAAAGAGAGGGUGGGGAGAAAAAGGGAGAAGGGAAAGA